AUGGACAAUAAAAAAAAGAAAAGCGGAAUCCAAAUAUUUUUCGAUUGUGCUCAACUUGUAAUUGCAUUAUUUAUUCCAUUGGCUAUAAUUGCUUAUACUGUCAUGCAAAAUAAUACUGAGAUAUCAAUUGCACAAGAAAAUCGCAAACAAGAUUUGAAAAUAGCUGAUGAACGUCAUGAACAAGAAAUUAUCUUAUCCACAGACGAACAAGAAGAAGCAGCUUUGGUUCGUUAUUUUGAUUCAUUAGGUAAAUUAUUAGAAAAGGAUAUGAAACUAAUGAAUCGAACUAGUAUUGCUCGAUUUAAGACAUUAACAGCUUUGGCACAAUUGAAAUCAAAACGAAAAGGUUAUCUUAUUCGAGCAUUAAUCGAGAAUAAAUUAAUUACUAUGAAUUAUGGUGAAGAUUUAAUUAUCGAUUUAUCUUUGGCUGAUUUAACAGGUCUUGAUUUAAGCACGAAUAUGCUUGUAAAAAAGGAAAUAACGUGUGCUAACUUCAAUCAAACCACAUUAAUAAAUGCAUCCUUUCGAGGCGUGACAUUAACUGGUAUAACAUUUGCACAGUCUAUUUUGAUCAAUAGUGAUUUCUCCUUGUCUUCUGCUAAUAUGUAUUCGUGUGGUGACAGCACUAGCUUUCGUACUAAUUUUAUGGAUACGAUUUUGGAUAAUUCUACUUUUGAUGGUGCAAAACACAUAAAAAGCUCAUUCGAUAAAUCUUCACUCAAUCAUGUUCGAAUGCGCCGGUUCAAAUGUACUGAUUGUAUAUUUACAAAAGCAAAAAUGUACUCAGCAGAUCUAAGUGAUGCUACGUUUCAAUCGGAGUUGGGUUCAAGAUCAAGAUUUUACUAUCAGAAGAUGCGUAUAUUCUCUACUCUUCUAUACAGAGCUAAAUUCUUCAAUAUAAACUUUGCUCAGACGGAACUAACAAUGGUAAACGCAACAAUGGCAACCUUCAAUAAUUGUGAUUUUUCAGUGACUGUGUUCAAGAACAAUUCUUUCAUUCAAACCACCAUUUACAAUUCACCUUUUUUUCGAGCUUCUUUAAAACAAUCAUCAUGGUAUAAAGCAAAGAUUAGUUAUACUUCUUUCUUCGAGACUGAUAUGACCGAUAUUAAUUUUAUCGAUAGUGAAUGUCAUUAUUGUCACUUUAAUCAGACUCUAUUAAAAGGUGCAAACUUUACAAAUUCAUCACUUGAUGGAAGUGAUUUUAGCCAAGCUAAUAUUACUUAUCAAGAAUUAAUCGUUGCUCGAUCUCUUCAAAAUGUUAUUUUACCUAAUGGAACUAUUUUUCAAUAA